AUGUCUUCCCAAAGACAUGAACCAUUUCGUUAUGAACUUGAAAAAUAUUCAAGAUCAUAUGCUUCCACUUCUGCGACUUCAAAUCAAUGGACUCAUAUAUCACGACCAAAUGUUUUUGUUUCUCUUGAAAAUAUGUUUCCCGCAGGUGUCAUUGUUGCAGGAGUUGGCGAACCUAUAUUAAAAGUUAUUGCUGAUCAAAAUACAUUAUUGGAAUGUGUGAAUGUUUCCUAUCGUCACGCGAAUAUUUUAAAAGCAAAAGCUUUAUUGAGAAGUCCUACUAUUGGAAUAAGAUACAAUUAUUCAAUAGUGGAUCGAAAUGGAGUGACUACCGCUCAGGAAGCUCGUAAAUUUCAAUUAAGAUUUAAAACUGUUGAGGAUUUUGAAUCCUGUGCUGGAAUUAUUGGAAGAUAUAUUAGUUGUAAACCUAUUCUUGGGAAUGAUUCAGGUGUAUCAUCAUCUGCUAGUACUAAUGAAUUAGGAAUAUCAAAUCAAGCUCAAGUUUUAAGUAAAGUCCAACCUCCAUUUAAUAAUAUCAGCAUAAUGCCACAGCAACAGAUUUCAAGAUCACAAAGGGAGCAAUCAGUGACACUGACAACGCGUCAAGAAUUGAGUCAAAAAAGUUAUAGCUUUGAUUCAUCCUCACGACCUUCUACUUCAUCUUCAACAUCUUCAUUUGCUACAACGGAUAUCAAUUCAAGACCCAUACAAAAUCAAAAUAAUUUGUCAAAAUUUCCUUCUCCAAUUCAAACAACAAAUAAUUUAGAAAUUCAUGCAUUAAAUCAACGACCUCCAUCAAAUGAUAUUAUUAAUUCCUCACAAAAGGUGGUUAAUAUUAUGAACACCGUAAAAGCAAAUGACUAUUCUCUCCCAUUCCCUAAUGAUGAUGAUGAACUUCAAGCAUGGAUUAUAACCAUUUUAAAAGAUCCAGAAUAUCCACAAUUUGUAUCAAGAGUGGAAAAGUUAUGGAAGGCACGAUUAAUGAUGUGA